CUGCCAAGCAUAUACUAUGGAUUUCAUAAAGAUCUGUGAACAUCUGAGACUGCCUUAAAGAGGAGGCAAUACAAACCCAAAAUCGAGAACGGAAGAGAAGAGAUAUUGAUUCUCGAUGGAAAAAGCAUCGGAAGAUUAUGCAAAGCUGUUGCUUCAAAGUGCACGCUUGGAGAAGGAGAUUAAUCCCAUAUGUAUGAGCAUAGAAGAUAUGAUGACACGACUAGAUGAAUUGGAAUCCUUAUUGACAAAUGUUAAAGGAGACUCAAACAUCAUUAUUGAAGAGUAUUUAAGCAGCAUUUUAACAUUUGCUCCUAAUUUUGGAUGUCUACAGCAGCAGAUAGAUAAACUUGAAAAGUUUGUUGAAAUAGUAGAUUCCAAUGUUGACGAAGUAGAAAAAUCAUUGGAGAAAACUGAAUUGGAAUUAAACGUUGCCGACUACAGCUUAAAGGGCCUGAUUCAACUUACCAAAACAUCAUUGACUUCAGCUCCUUCGAUGGAUACACAAGAAGCAACAUCUUCAACACUGUCUAGUAACUUUUCUGAAUACAAACCCAUAGAAUUAUUCAAGACCUCCUUUUACUUUGACAAUGGUAAAUAUUCGGACUAGCUAGGAAUAUACUUACGUGAAAACUAUGUAAAUUAUUCAGGCUUAUAUUAAGGUUGUACCUUACUUAAUCGAAAAUUGCUACACAAUAUAUUUUCUAUCAUGGAAACAAAAUAACUUAGACUUAACUAAGUACGGGAUUAAAACAUACCAGUGGUCGUGAUCAUCCAAAAUGUGGACCGGCAUAGCUUUAUGCGUUUUUAAUUAUUAUUAGUGUUGAUUAUUAAAAACGGUUGGCGUUGUGUAAAUAUAAUAGAAAUAUCUGGGUUUGUCCUGCAAUUGAUGAUUGCAUUUAACGGUCGGUCAUUGUCAAAAAUCUUACACUUAUUGAACAUUUUGGGAAUGAAUGUAGUAAUAUUUGAACCCCAAUAUUUCCAUCUUAACAGCCACAUAUUAAUUCCCCGGACUCGCGAAAAGCUCACGAGUCACGUUUAAACAAAUAUUUUUCCAUGAAGCGAAUAAUAAUUUUUUCCAUGCGUUUGAAAUGAACGUACGAAAAUUAAUAUCUUAAAUGUAUUAUGCCUGUAUAACCAGUUAUUUGAUCUUUUAAUUUUUAUGCAUAUGUAAACAGAUUCGUACGUUAAAAUGCCGUAAGUUUUGAUAUCCUGCAAAAAAUUAUUUUUUCAUUAUUAUUAUUUUUUUUUAUUUAGUCGUGAUUUUCUCGUGAGUCGUGAGCGUCUCGUAAGUCGUGAGUAUCUCAUGAUUAGUGUAGUGAGCAUGAUUUUACUUACUCAGAUCGAAGAAUUUUAAUACAAUCACGGUCACGCACUAUCAAGUGAUUGGGUUUGGAUCUCACUCACGAUAACACGAGAGACACGACAACACACGACUUGCGUGCACACCUCUAAUACCUAUGCGAGCCAUGCCUGCUAGAAUUUUGAGCUUCGAUCUGUAUGGUGUUUAUCGUAGUCACGAAAAGAUCAGCUGAGAGCUACCAGGCGUGUCCACAGGUUGCGAAUAGUGUAAUGCUCUAUACGGAGUAGUUGCAAUUCCAGUCGCAGAAAAUUUUGCGGUAUCGAGCGAGAGUCUCAGUUAGAGGCCGAGCGGCACCGGUUCUUAUCGGCUCCGGUAAAAAACAAAUUUGGUAAAUAUUUCUAGGGCAAAGUAGCGGAGUGCCAGCCGCAGCCUCAAACCGCCCUCCAAACCGUAUAUGUUAAUCGACCAUAGCAAUAUUGGGCUUAAAUGAAAGGUAUUUGGGAGUAGAGCACGAAUUUGGCAUCCAUGUUUGGGCGAAAUGUCUGUGGUACCAUCUCAAGUGGACAAUAUAGGGCUCAAGUGAAAUAGGACUUAUUUACCGACUAUGGUAAUGUGAGGCUUAUAUAAAAAGUAGUUGAGAAUAUGGCACAAAGCUUAUAAUUACUUUAAGGGCCUAGCGGACAUAUUUACACACUACAAUAUAGGAGUCCACGAAAAGUAUAAGAAAGUAGUGCAAAGAUUUGGCCAUCAACAUUUCAUUAAAGCACAGGGGCAAACUCCUCACAUAUCUAUGGGUGCUGUUCGAUUCAAGUUUAAGCUCAAUAAUGAAAGACCUCUUUUUUAUAGCCGAGUCUUAACGGCGUCGUGCCGACACCAUAGAGCUGUCGCACUGCAUGACAUUAUAAAUCACAAAUGUCGCCAACAUUAGGAGGGGGUAACCACCACUUUACAUUUUUCCAAUGUUCUCGCCAGGAUUUGUACCCAAGCGUUCACAUCAUAUUAUCGUCCACUGCAAAUAAAAUGGAUAAGAGCAUUAAAGAAGGCGCUGGGGAGCGGGCCCGGUUCGGUUAGUACAUGAUAUAAAUCACAAUUUACAAAAAAAGACAGUUAAACAUGGUGGGGCAAAAGUACUGAUUCGUUGGAGCUUUUUGUACAACUGCAUAGGUUCAAUAUAGGAGUCCACGAGGGGCAAAAAUACUGAUUCGGGCAAAAGUAGUUAUUCGUUGGAGCUUUUUGUACAACUGCAUAGGUUCAAUAAUGAAAUAUAAGACAUCAUGGAUAUGUUACAACUCUAGAGCAAGUGAUGCUAGAUUAUGCAGACUGAAAUAUAGUUCUCAAAUUGGUACUAUAACAAGAUAAUUGCUAUAUGUGACCCAAAUGAAAGCAAUUUGGGAGAAGACUAGGAAAAUUACAUUAAAAUUUGUGUUAAAGUCUCUAGGUGGUGCUUAACCUUUUUAAAACAACUAAAAUAUGUUAUUUGACCCAUCAUGACCAUAUGGGAUUCAAAUUUGAGAGUAUAAAAGAAAUCCACUUUUGGAACCAAGUGUUUGUGGGUAAGCCCCAAAACCCCCGGCAGUGCUUCGCUUAUUAAAACACCGAAAAUAAGUUAUUUGACCCAUAAUUACCAUAUGGGACUCAAAUUUGAGAGUGUAAAUGAAAUCCAGUUUUGGGACCAAGUGUUUAUGGGUAAGCCACAAAGCCACCGGCAGUGCAUAGCCAUGAGCACCACACAGGCUGGAACUUUGUUCUCCGAUCUGUAUGGUGUUCAUUGUUAUCACGCGAAGGUUCGCUGCGAGCUACCAGGCGCGUCCAUAGGUUGCGAAUAAUGGAAUGCUCUAUACGGGGUAGUUGCAAUUGCAGUCGCGGAAAAUCUGCGGUAUCGAGCAGAGAGUCUCAGUGAGAGGCCGAGCGGCACCGGCUCUUGCAAAAGUACUGAGUGCUAAUGAUGCUCGAUAUGAGUUGUUGACGCCUUUGAACAACCAAUGACCAUCAUGUUCCCGCGGCGAUCGGUCCUUAGCACCGGAGCUAGACGAAGAUCGUCACGUCCACAAACAGACAUGUGGCUACAACAACAACAACAAAAUAAGCCCCAAACCAUUCCCUAAACUUAUUUCCGGAACAUAUCAAUAUGGGGCUCAAAUGAUAGGUUUUUGGGAGUAAAGAACGAAUUUGGUAAAAAUUUCUAGGGCAAAGUGGAGGAGUGCCAGCCCCAGCCUCUAAACGCCCUCCAAACCUUACAUGUUUAUCGACAAUGGCCAUUUUGGGCAUACAUGAAAUUAUAUUUGGCAGUAGAGCACAAAUUUGGCAUCCAUAUUUUGGCCAAAUGUCUGCGGUUCCAUCUUAAGUGGACAAUAUAGGACUCAAAUGAAACAGGACUUUUUUACCGGCUAUGAUAAUAUGAGCUUAUAUAAAAUGUAUUUGAGAGUAUGGCACAAAGCUUAUAUUUACUUUAAGGGUCAAGUGGACAUAUUUACACACUACAAUAUAAGAGUCCAAAGAAAGCUAUAAGGAAGAUGUGCUCUUGCAUAAGUACUGAGUGCUAAUGAUGCUCGAUAUGAGUUGUUGGCGCCUUUGAACAACCAAUGGCCAUCAUGUUUCCUCGGCGAUCGGUCCUUAGGACCGGAACAAGCUUGUUCAUCUAUAGGAGCUAGACAUAUUUACACACAACAAUAUAGGAGCCCAAAGAAAGGUAUAAGGAAGAAGUGCAAAGAUUUGGCCAUGAACAUUUUGAAACUUCGAAAACGUCAUAUACUUGUAUAAAACGUAUAAAAUGCAGCAAACAGCAUAAACCUCGAAAAAACCCUGCUACUUGUUUACUUUCAACAUUAUAUCGUUGUUGUAGAUUAAUUGUUGUAUCUAUAGAACUUAUAUAAAUAAUUCAAAAUUUUAUGAUAAAAAGUUGUUGCCUCAAAUCUUUUUAUUUCAUUUGUUCACAUCCUAAUUUUUUCUGCUUUACACUAUUUCUACCCACGCCACCAUGUUCUUACAAUUAUUAUUUAAUAGAUUGUUUGAUUUUAUUUGGGGGUAAACAAAAACCAUGUUUUCUAUUUUUUGUCUACCUGCGCCACCAUGUAUCUGUCCAUGAUGGAAACUAGACAUAUAUUUGGCACAUUCGCAUUACAUAUGUGGACAUAGAGGACACAACAGAACGCAGAAAUAAACCACAAUUUGUAUUACUAAAUAACAAUUUAAUUCGUACCAUUAAAAAUGUGUUCAACGUAUGCCUUCUUUAUCAACUAGACAUAUAUUUGGCACAUUCGCAUUACAUAUGUGGACAUAGAGGACACAACAGAACGCAGAAAUAGACCACAAUUUGUAUUACUAAAUAACAAUUUAAUUCGUACCAUUAAACAUGUGUUCAACGUAUGCCUUCUUUACCAUCCACUUGUCAAGAUACAAAAAAAUCAGAUUUCAAUGUGAAAAGUAGUAGUAUUUAAUUCCCGUUAACUUUUAUAAUAUGUAUUAUAAAUUAUUAUUGAUAAUAUUAGUUAAAUUUAAGAUAUUAACUAGUAGUAUUUAAUUCCCGAUUUAUUUUUAAGAAAAAAUUUUAAUGUUAACUUUUAUAAUAUGUAUUAUAAAAUAUUAUUGGUAAUAUUAGUUAAAUUUAAGAGAUUAACUAUUAGUAUUCAAUUUCCGAUUUAUUUUUAAAAUAAACUCUGACGUAUGUGCGACAUACAUUUCCGGCGAUACCUACACAGAAAAAAUAAAGAACUAAAUUUGGCCGAUUAAACAUGA